CCCUUUCGGUUUGAUGUUCUCCAUAUCUCUAAUGGGAAAUCAGUCGGCAGUAAUCCUUCGUUAAUCUGCUCUUAGCAUGAUCUUGAUUACCGUUUGUAAUCUGGAUAUAUACAUAUAUACAUACAUCUAGCUUUAAAUGAUCACAGAAGCGGCUAUCGAUUGUUUGUUGCCUUCAUGGUGGGAGGUCCAAGUCACCGUCGCCGCCGCGUUCUUCUUCAUUGUCGCCUACUGGUUCUUCGCAUACGACGGUGACAUCAGUACCGGUGAUCGGUCCCUGAUUGAUAACUCCUCUCUGGUUUCCGGUGAUGUCAUUGAUGACAAAGAAAAGUUUUUGUUAUGCAAGCCGGGGGUCUUCACGGAAACAAUCUCUCUACCUAGAGGCAAGGUUUACGUACAUCCUACCCCUGAUCCUACCUCUCGUGGGAUUUACCGGAUAGAUCAACUGAAGGGUGACCCUCACGGCAGCUCAGCUUAUAUUAUAAAGGUGGAACUGUUAGCAGCUAAGAAUCUUAUUGGUGCUAACCUGAAUGGCAUGUCAGAUCCUUAUGCAAUCAUCACUUGUGGUACAGAAAAGCGGUUUAGCUCGAUGGUUCCUGGUUCAAGAAAUCCAAUGUGGGGAGAGGAAUUCAAUUUUUCUGUAGAUGAACUUCCUGUAAAGAUUAACGUGUCAAUAUAUGAUUGGGAUAUUAUUUGGAAAAGUGCAGUUCUUGGUUCAGUGACCAUUCCUGUUGAAAAUGAAGGUCAAACCGGUGCCGUAUGGCACCCCUUGAGUAGUUCACCAGGACAGGUUUGUCUCCAUAUUAAGACAAUUAAUCUCCCUACGAACUCUUCCAGGGGUUUGAAAGGUUAUGCUGGUGCUAAUCCUAGAAGACGGAAUUCGGUGUAUAAUUUAAAACCAGGGCCAAUAGUGGUACAUCAGAAACCUGGGCCUUUGCAGAUGAUAUUUGACCUUCUACCAGAUGAGGUUGUUCAACACAGCUAUUCAUGUGCAAUGGAGAGGUCAUUCUUGUAUCAUGGCCGUAUGUAUGUUUCGGCUUGGCAUAUCUGCUUUCACUCUAAUGUAUUCUCAAAACAAAUGAAGGUGAUUAUUCCUUUUGGAGAUAUAGAUGAGAUACGAAGGAGCCAACAUGCAGUCAUUAAUCCUGCCAUAACAAUAGUUCUUCGCAUGGGUGCUGGUGGACAUGGCGUUCCUCCUUUGCGAAGUCCAGAUGGUAGAGUUAGAUAUAUGUUUGCAUCAUUUUGGAACAGAAAUCAUGCAGUAAGAACUUUACAACGUUCAGCAAAGAACUACCAUUCAAUGGUAGAAGCUGAGAAGAAGGAGCAACAACAGUCAGCAUUGCGUGCAAGCAGUAGCUCUCUAAAUCGUAAAAAACAGGUUAAGGUUUUAGAAGAAAGUGUGCCAAAAAAACACCAGCCAUUUGUUCAAGAGGAUGUUCUCACUGGCAUAUACAAUGAUGUUUUUCCAAGGACUGCUGAACAGUUUUUUGACUUGCUGUUGAGUGAUAGUUCAAAUUUUACAAGUGAUUACCGUUCAGCCCGGAAGGACACAAAUCUUAAUAUGGGCCAGUGGCAUUCUGCUGAUGAAUAUGAUGGCCAAGUCAGAGAAAUUACAUUUAGAUCUCUUUGUAAUAGUCCUAUGUGCCCUCCAGACACCGCGAUGACGGAGUGGCAGCACGUUCUGCUGUCCUCUGACAAAAAAUCUCUGGUGUUUGAGACUGUACAACAGGCGCAUGAUGUUCCAUUUGGAUCUUAUUUUGAGGUGCACUGUAGAUGGGUUGUGGUGACGACAUCAGAAUCCUCGUGCUCUAUUGAUGUUAAAGUGGGUGUACAUUUUAAGAAAUGGUGUGUAAUGCAAUCGAAAAUAAAGUCGGGUGCCAUCAAUGAGUACAAGAAAGAGGUGGAACUCAUGCUAGAAGUGGCUCGUUCAUGUAUCAACUCCAAAACAGUCGAUGAUGAGACCGAGAGCGUUGCUGCUUCGUUAUUAACCACAGAAUACGAUACAUAACUACUUUAAAAAUAUAUCAUCUACUUCUUUCGCUCUUCUUUUAUUCGUGUGUUUAGAAACGAGCACGUUCCCAUCAAAAUUGUUAACAUUCAUCAAGUUGUAUAUACUCUUGGCUUUUGUAAUCCUUAUGCAUUGAAGGUUUUUAUAUGUUAGCCAUUAAAUGGUUAUAGGAUUUGGAUAAGAA